AUGAGCAGCCCUCUGUCAACCCUGCGGGUUCGGGUGAACCAAAUUGACCACAUUCUCGCGGCACCUGGCCCUCUCGACAAUUCGACUUUGCCCCGCGUACCGAUCAUCAGGAUAUACGGCGAGUCGUCAACUGGUAAAAAGGCAUGCGUGCAUGUCCAUCAGGCAUACCCAUACUUCUUCGUGGAGUACCCGGGGAAGAUGAAUCCAGAUGGCGUCAACCAUUACAUCGCCAGACUCACACAUUCGCUUAACCACGCAAUUGCAAUUUCAAUGAAGCGCAACCCCCUUGCGCCGAAGUCGCAGUUCAUCCGCGCGAUUGUUCUCACUAAGGGCGUACACUUCUACGGGUUCCACGCAUCUUAUUCUCCUUUCCUGAAAGUCCAUAUCGCCGACCCCAGCUUCGUGAAUCGGGCUGUAACUAUUUUGCAGUCUGGGACCGUCAUGAAGACGCGCUUCCGGGUCUACGAAAGCCACAUUAACUUCAAUCUGCAGUUCAUGUGUGACUUCGGCCUCUACGGCUGUGGUUGGAUGGACCUUGGCGAAGUCUGGGAGCGGGGUGCCGAAGAGACCGCUGACGACUUGUACGAAUCUGAUGACCGCAAUGAUCAAGACGACAGCAAACAUACGUUCCCGACGUCGCCGUACUUCCGCCAGUCACGCAUGCCACUAGAAGUCGAUGUCGCUGUACACCAGAUCCAUAACCGACAUCGCCUGUCUGCGCGAAACAUCCAUCAUCGACUAUCCAUACCUGGACCCCCGCUUCCUUCUGAACCGCUUGUACUCAGUGUGCGCGAACUCUGGGAGGACGAACGCCAGCGUCGGAUUGCUAGGGGCCUACCUCCUUCUCCAGAGAUCCCUCAAGAUCCCAGCGAGAAUUCGCGAGGGCCGGGUGCUGCGUGGGUCGCAGAAGCGAGAUGGUGGGAUGAAAUCCGGAGGCGCAUCGAGCGAGAGCGGGGGAAAGAGAAAGUACUGCCUAGCAGCCGAAACUGGGAGAAGUGGGUAAUGACGACGUUCGAAAGUAUCGAAGCUCUAUGGGAGGACGAGUGGAAGACAUGGAAGCCUGGCCCCCCCGAAGGCGAUGUAUGCGCGCGUGACGCACACGUCGAUAGGGUUCGUGACGAUGCUGAUGAGAUCAAUCCCUACGCUGGGUCACAAAUGGCCAAUGGAGCCUUGUCGCAGGUAUCACGAGCUGAGCACGCGGCCGAGGUGGAGGUGGAUGAGGAGUUGUUGUCCAGUCAGGCAAUGGGGAACUUUGUACAGGAGCAAGAACCCGAUUGGGAGAAAUUACGAGAUGGGUAUGCAGAGCAUGAUGAAGAUGGGCCCGAUGAUGAAGUGGCGGCGGAAGACGGUCCACCCCCCGAGAAUCAAUUCACUCAUGACCAGCCGGGUACUAGCAGUCCUCAGAAGUACUCCCGUUCUAGGGACGAAAACCCAUUUGAUCAGAUAUGGCACAACAUCGUUCGGUAUGCUCUAGCUUCCGAUGAAGAACCGUGGCUUACCAUUGAGUGCAGUGCUAAGAGACAUCGCUCCGCAUCAACCGUUUCGAUCGAUCGCACUCCUAGCAAGAACCGACAUUCAAUCCGUCGACUUACAAGUCCAGCUUAUGCAACGACAGUGCGACUGCGUGUUGUCAGUGGCUUGACAAAUGACUCGCUUGCCAGCCUUGAUGUUCGUCGAUUGAAGCAUGUCCCGCUGGAUGCGGCUGCCUUUCGGGAGGUUGACCCCGAGAACCCUUUCGUGGUCGGCACGGACACCCAUCGCUUGAAGGAUGACGGGUCGAUGAAGAGAACUCACGCGCAAAGUUCAGAUGUCUCUGGCGAGAUGACUCCUCGUCCUCCAAAGAAGCGGAAGGUACAUAUGGACUCCGAUCAGGCGUUGAGAUUGUCGAUAGCGUCUUCUGGUGCCUCAUCACUGGGAAAGGUAUCGACAAUCACGGCCGCAUCUUCGAAGACUACAACAUCCUUGGGGACGGUAGCUAUAGGAUAUCGCUAUGCGCUCCCGCCCCCCUCAGCAACGGAGCUACUGUCCAGCGUUGAUGAGCACGGCAUCCCCAGUAAAGUAUACACGAGCCCUUACUACUUUAGAGCGAGUGACGCUCCGGAGAAGCCUCGAGAGUAUGCCGGCCUCGUUUUCCAUCUCAAGGGCGGAGCUGGUCUGGACACACUGGAGGGAUUCGUGAGCGGUACACCUAGCGCUUGGCAUGCGACCACAGGGAGAGCGAAGCUUGAUCCGGCAGAUGUGACAGGUUGGGAGUAUGCCAGCGCACCUCCCAGUGCGAGAGAAGUUCGUCGAUGGCUGGUAUCUCCCCAAGGCCGUCAGCAUCUCAAUCAGGCACGUCCCAAACAGCCUUCCCAGAUCGAAGGUCCCACGCAAGCCAAUCCGUACGGCAUGAAGGCCACGCCGUUGAAGUCUUCAAAACCGAGUAGCCGAGAACGACAGAACAUGAGCACCUUCUCGUUGGAGGUCUUUGCACCUUCCACAGGCAACCGAUUGCCUGACCCAGACCAGGACGAAGUCGUGGCUGUGUUCUACUCUUACCAAGACUCCGUUGAAGACAACGGCUCCUUCGCUUGUCAGACCGGCAUGAUAGUUGUCGAGAAUGAUCAAGUUAGUACGCGGAGGUUACGAGGUGUACAAUUUGAGAUGGUCUCCAGCGAAUUGGACCUUCUGAACCGCCUCAUCGACACAGUCCUCGACGUCAACCCCGAUAUUGUCUCCGGAUGGGAAGUCCAGGCUGCGUCAUGGGGCUACCUCAGCGCGCGGGCUAACAUGUAUGGAUAUGACCUCGGAGAACAGAUCUCUCGAGCGCCUGGACGACACAUGGGAGGUGGCUCCGAUCAAUGGGGCAUGAGGACGACGUCGACCUUUAAGGUGGUCGGUCGGCAUGUCCUCAAUGUCUGGCGCAUAAUGCGCGCAGAACAAAACCUUACAAGUUAUACCUUCGAGAACGUUGUGUUUUACGUUCUACAACGCAGGACACCCCGAUACUCUCCACAAACACUUACUGAGUGGUACUACAGCACAACCCCGCUUCAUACUGCAAAUCUUUUACGGUACUAUGCCGCUCGCACAUCCACAGUCCUGGAGAUCCUGGAUGUAGCGGAAGUCGUAACUAAGAAUGCGGAGUUUGCUCGAGUAUUUGGAGUGGACUUCUUUUCGGUUCUUAGCCGCGGCUCACAAUUCAAGGUUGAAUCAUUCAUGUUUCGUAUCGCCAAACCAGAGAGCUUCGUACUACUAUCACCCAGCAAACAAGAUGUCGGCAAGCAAAACGCAGCCGAAUGUAUGCCUCUCAUCAUGGAACCCCUUUCCGCAUUCUAUACCAGCCCCCUUGUAGUGCUAGACUUCCAAUCACUGUAUCCCUCCAUCAUGAUCGCGUAUAAUUAUUGUUAUUCUACUUGUCUGGGCCGCGUUACGGACUUCAAAGGACAGUACAAAUUCGGUGUUACGGACCUGCAACAGCCAGCGGGGUUAUUGGCCACCCUGGAGAAACAUAUCAACGUCGCGCCAAACGGAAUCAUGUAUGUCAAGCAAGAUGUGCGGAAAGGUCUGCUGGGCAGAAUGUUGACGGAGCUGUUGGAUACGAGAGUUAUGGUCAAGCAGGCCAUGAAGGGUGUCAAGGAUAACAAGGCUCUCCGGCGAGUGCUGGACGCUCGGCAGCUCGGCUUGAAGUAUAUCGCCAAUGUGACGUACGGAUAUACGAGUGCAACAUACUCGGGCCGCAUGCCCGCAGUCGAGAUCGCCGACAGCAUCGUCCAGAGUGGCCGCGAAACCCUCGAGAAGGCCAUCCGGGUCAUCCAAUCGACCAAGAAAUGGGGUGCAAGGGUCGUCUACGGCGAUACGGAUUCGCUGUUCAUUUACCUUCAGGGCAAGACCAAGGACCAAGCGUUCCGGAUAGGGUACGACAUCGCAGAGACGAUCACCGCCAUGAACCCCGCACCUGUCAAGCUCAAAUUCGAGAAGGUCUACCUACCGUGCGUCUUGAUGGCCAAAAAGCGCUACGUCGGCUUCAAGUUCGAGAGCCCAGACGAGACGGAGCCGGGCUUCGACGCCAAGGGUAUCGAGACCGUCCGGAGGGAUGGGAUACCGGCGCAGCAGAAGAUGACAGAGACCUGUUUGAAGAUCUUGUUCCGGACCCAGGAUCUCAGCAAAGUGAAGGAGUACUGCUGUCGGACGUGGGCGAAGAUUCUCGAAAACAAGGCCUCCAUCCAGGACUUUAUUUUUGCCAAGGAAGUCAGGAUGGGCACCUACAGCGACAAAGUCCCGCCGCCUCCGGGUGUGACCGUCGCAGCCCGGCGCAUGCUCGCAGACCCGAAUAAUGAACCUCAGUACGGGGACCGCAUCCCAUACGUCAUCGUCCGAGGUGACCCCGACAGUCGACUGGUCGACCGCGCAGUCUCGCCCGAGGAGCUUCUCAACAACCGCCAGAAGCACCUGGACGCGGCGUACUACAUCUCACGCGUGCUCAUCCCGCCGCUCGAGCGGAUCUUCAACCUCGUCGGCGCGGACGUGCGGGCGUGGUACGACGAGAUGCCCAAGGCGCUCCGCACGGACCAGCCCGAGGCGGUCCUACAAUCGCCGCGGAAGGCGAAGAGGCAGAUGAACUCUGCUGCGGCGAAUCCAUUCAAGAUUGAUGAGCACUUCCUCACGUCGCGAUGUCUGGUGUGCAAGGCGCCUGCGCCUGGAGGCUUGUGCGAUACCUGCCGCGCACAUCCGCAAGAGACCAUCAGCGGGCUGCUCUCGCGCCUGCAUGUCGCAGAGGCCAAGCUCCAGAAUGUGCAGACCAUCUGUUCGUCGUGCUGCGGUAUUCCUGCCGCGGAACCCGUCAAGUGUGAGUCGCUGGACUGUCCAUGGUUGUACGAGCGGAAGAAGAUAGAGAACAAGGUCGAGGCGAUGGACGUCGUUGCGGAGCUGGUCGCGGAGCUACAAGAGGCGGAAGAUAUGCAGGAAGAGAUGGUCGUCGACGAGAGUCCUUGA